AUGGCUGACCAUCAGUGGUGGUCCGGCGCGGUACCAGCUGCUCCGGAGUUUGAUGGUGACGUGGAACGUAAUCCCUUGGAGGAGAUCGAGGCGAUCGCGUACAUGGGGAACUACCUGGGCUGGGCUUCUAUGAGAACAAGGAAUCGAGGAAUGGCCGGGGAUUCACCGGCCGACUGGGUGAUCGUGAUGGCCGACCUCGAAAUGUGCCGCGACCAGCCGGGCAACAGCCACCAGCUGGAGGGCCACCUUCACUCGCAGAGCAGUUCUGCUGUUGAGCAGUACAUGAGUGUUUCGAGCGAGGCUCCGGGCAGGGCUUUGGUGGACGCAGCGGCACAACAUGAACUCAUUGGCCGGGACACGCUGGCGGGACUUGACCAAUACCUUCAAGAAACGUUCGGGCUGCGCGAGCAACACUCCAAUGAGGGUGGUGGCACGGUGCGUGGGGUAUGCGGGGCCGAGGAGAAAACUCCAAUCGCCUACAUCUCCAUCGGGGCUGCGGUUACUCUGGGCUGUUACGUGUGCAAAUCGUUCCUGGAGCAGUGUACCACACUAGAGUUGGCUGCGUGCAGGUUUGGGGCAGCGAAGGUAGCGAAGCUGCCGCUAUGCUUGCAUCGUUGGCGCCGAUUGGUGCUGUGCUGGCUUUGGGUCUUUGCAGUGCAGGCACAAUCUGCCUUCAUGGACAUGGUGCGCCAACCCCACGUUCGUGCCGCCCGUCGUUUGGCACUUCGCCGGGAGCAUGUCGAGAGAAAGGUGCUCGAGUUGCACAAGACAGAGAGCGAGGUCCUCGCCACGAACAAGCGCGUGAAGACCACCCCAGCGAAGAACUUGCUUCCGGAGGACGAUGGCGACCUGCACCGACCUAUCAAAGUUCCUGGCCCCGAUCCUCAGGAGCUCUCCACACACCAAGGUGAGCCAUGGCGCGAACAAGGAGUGGGCAUGGUCGAAGUGCGAAAGCUGCCGGGCUAUCGAGCAGAUCCCGAAGCUCACACCAGACAAAAUGUGCGAGUGGAACUCAGUCCUGGUGUACCAGAGGCCAUCGUACACGACACCGGCAGCCAAGAAGGAGCUCAGUUGCAGUCCACGUCGGAGCACACCCAGAGGCAUAGGUGGGACGGCCGAGCUGGCCGGGGUGGCAAUGUCGAACUCCUGGCCUUCCUCCACCCUGAGACGAGUCCCGGGCGGUCACCGACGCCAGGGCCCACUUGUUCCACCGCCGUUCCGGAGCUGCUGGACUUUGUCGACGAGCUCAACCGGACGCCCCAAACCCCAAAGCUUGUGAUGCUGUUGCUGUGCGUGAAGCAUUCCAUCAUGUCGGGUAUUCCAGAAGCCACGAGCCUUGCAGACGCACACUCCGAAGGUGUAUCGGAUGCACCCACAAUCCCCUCAGAGGCAGCAGAAAAGGCAGAAGCCGCGGAUCCGGCAGAGCAGCGUGCAGAAGCUGAGGCCGAGGCAGCUCCAAGUCAGCUGCCUGUGGCAAUGUACAUGAAUCUCGCGGAGCUCAGCGUCCGGCAGAGAGACGGACUCGCUCGCCAGCUGGAGAAAUGGCAAAAUCCCCGCGUGGAAGCUGUCCUCAAUGACGAAAGAUGGAUGGACGAAGUCGCGAAACUGAGGCGGCGCUUCGACGAAGUUGCAGAGGUGCAGAGAUCCCUGUGGCUCUGGAUAGAGGCAUCGAAAUCACUAGUGCGAGCCUGUGCACAUGAAACGGACGCUGUGGUGCUGGUCAUAUGCGGCAAUCGCGUUGUGCACUGGUUGUUUCGGGAUGCACAGCCGCUGUGCCAUGCCUGGCCACGCCGAGAUCCAGUCUGCCUCUGGAAAACGCCGGACACUCCGGCCACCGAACUGACGAGGGAAGAGCAAUGCCGCCAGUGCAGAUCGCAGCCGGCCAUGCCGCCUUUGAUAUGGCAAGGUGCAAUGCCGCGGCAGCCACCAACACCAGAACUUCCUCCCGUCGACAAGGAGGCCAUGGUUCUGCAGAUUGAGCAGAAGAAGCUUUCAGUCCGAAAGGCUCUGCCGGCCACUGCGCUGCAGACGGAUGGGGAUCACAGACCCUGGAGGCGAAGAUCGGCUCAAGCACAGGAGGAAUCGCAAGCAGAUGAUGCGCCCGAUAUGCGGCACAUCGACACCAUCAGUGGCUUCUACAACAUGGCAGACGGCGCCUGUCUGUGGUAUUGGCAGUACGGUCUGCUAAUUGGCUAUGGCUUUGCCUUGGUCUAUGCCGCCGGAAGUCUGCCAGCAGGUCUCCUGUGCGACCGCUAUCGACGCAGUGGGAUCCUGGCGCUGUCCCUUUUUGUCUGGUCCAUUUGCACAUCCAUGCAGGCGCUCGCCAAGAAGAUUUGGUUGCUGCUCGUGUGGCGAGCCUUGAUAGGCCUCUCUCAGGGCUUCGGGUAUGCUGCGUCGAACUCGCUGCUCCUCGAUUAUUUUGCGAGCAACGAGAAGCAGCGGGACGUGGCCUGGGCUUUGCUGACGAUGGUUGGACCACAGCUCGGCGUGGGCUGUGCAUCCUUCAGCAUCGUCUUUGCGGAGGGUCUGGGCUGGAGAUGGAUAGUGCUGCUUACCGGCGGCCUGGGCAUUCUUCUGUCAGGCGUGGUGUUGGCCACUGUCAAGGAGCCCCCACGGACGGAGUGGUCGGCCCCGUGCACCAUGGCAGUUGUGACAGAAGAGUUGUGGGCCGCGUUCGAGAAGUCGCGGGUGCCACAGCUGCUGAUCUUGGCUGUGUCCGCCAAAAUGCUGGCCUCCUUCAGCCUCACUUCCUUCUUGCCCAUCUGGUUCGCACGGGGCAACCUUCACGGCUACACGAACGAUGCCUAUGCAUUCUGGAAUGCCUUGGCUGUCUCCCUGGCGGGGCUCCUCUCGGUCUCCCUUGGAAGUGUUCUAGGACAGACCUGGAGUCGAGUUGAUGUUUGCGCCCCGUGCUAUGUGGGGAUGUUGGGCGCUCUACUUUCACUGCCGCUUCUGGCGCUCAUGCUCCUCACCCAGUGGUUCCGGACGUCGCUGUUGUGCUACUUUGCCAUGCUGGUGCUGGGUGAGGCCUGGUUCGGCCCAACCAUGGGCCUCUUGCAGAAGGCCGUGCGGAAGUCCGUUGCAGGCCAAGCCACUUCUAUGAUGCUGGGCAUCGCCACCUUGGCUGGCAACCUUGGGCCGGCGAUCAUCGGCAUCCUGGAUCCAGGCGGUGUCAACAUCGGCAUCCACUUGCUGUGGAUCUGUUCCGCUGCGCAAGUGCUAGCUUUUCUGAGCUUCUACUGGACCUACCGAGAGAUUACCGUGGAUCCGGUGUCCGUUACUUUGGGCUUGUCGCAGGACCCUGCAACGAAGUGA